CACUGAUGCGAUAAGAGCAUCUUCCAACAUGGCGGUGGUGGUUAAGGGAUUCCCAUUCAACCUAUCGUUUGCAUCCAUAUUGUUAAUUCUGCUGCUAUGUCUCCAGUCAGGAGGAGGUCAAAAGAAAAAGGAGAACUUGCUGGCAGAGAAAGUGGAGCAGAUGAUGGAGUGGAGUUCCCGGCGUUCCGUGAUCCGUAUGAACGGAGAUAAGUUCCGGCGCUUCGUCAAGGCUCCUCCCCGGAACUACUCCGUCAUCGUGAUGUUCACCGCGCUGCAGCCUCAAAGACAGUGUUCUGUCUGCAGGCAGGCUAAUGAGGAAUACCAGGUGUUGGCCAACUCUUGGCGAUACUCUUCGGCCUUCUCUAACAAACUCUUCUUUACGGUUGUGGAUUACGAUGAAGGGGCUGACGUCUUUCAACAGCUGAACAUGAACUCUGCCCCCACCUUCAUGCAUUUCCCAGCUAAAGGGAAGCCGAAGCGGGCGGACACCUUUGACCUUCAGCGGAUUGGUUUCGCCUCUGAGCAACUGGCCAAGUGGAUUGCAGACCGCACCGAUGUGCAGAUUCGGGUGUUCCGACCACCCAACUACUCCGGGACGAUCGCUCUGGCUCUGCUUGUGUCUCUGGUCGGCGGGCUCCUCUACCUACGCAGAAACAACCUGGAGUUCAUCUAUAACAAGACUGGCUGGGCCAUGGCCGCACUGUGUGUGGUGUUUGCCAUGACCUCAGGUCAGAUGUGGAAUCACAUUCGUGGUCCUCCGUAUGCCCACAAAAACCCCCAAAAUGGACAGGUGAGCUAUAUCCACGGCAGCAGUCAGGCUCAAUUUGUGGCUGAAUCUCACAUUAUUCUUCUGUUAAAUGCGGCGAUCACCAUGGGAAUGGUGCUUCUGAACGAGGCCGCCACCUCCAAGGGAGAUGUGGGCAAACGACGAAUUAUCUGUCUCGUCGGGCUUGGUUUAGUAGUGUUCUUCUUUAGCUUCCUUCUCUCCAUCUUCAGAUCAAAAUAUCACGGCUAUCCUUACAGCUUCCUGAUUAAAUGAAAGGAAAAGUCUGCGUUCUUCAGAGUUUACUGCAUGAAUUCAGCCGCUAUUAUACUGUAACACGUUGCACAUGUGACCGAAGAGAAAUAAACUGAGCUGUUACCCACCGCUGUGCACUGUGUGGUCUGUACGCAUCCAUUAAAGUUAGACGAAUCACAUGUUUUUUUAUAUUACCGGUUUUUGCUUCUAAUUGCAAAUUGAGCAUUAUUUCCUCAAGGUUUAGUGCAGAGGAGUGUUUGGAUCUGUGUGUGUGUGCUGCAUGCGUGGCUGUUAUUUGUUAUUGCAGUUUAUGAUACGUCUCUUGAGGCAAUUGUGCGAGUCUCAGCAGAUUGUGCCCUCUCUUUGUCCUCUUCAGUCAGAGUUCUCUCCCUCUUCUGACAUCUGGGAAGGAAUAUUUAGGUCUUAGAUCAUUUUUCCUGCUUUCUGUGGGUAGGUGGUGAAGGGGGCUUGUAAUCCUCAUUAUUAAAACCGACUCGACAUCCGCUGAUCUAAUUAAAUUCAAUCCAAUAUCGGAACCAACAUAUUUAUUUAACUUCAAAGGAGAGAGCUCAGCGAUAACGUUUUUGACAAUUUUCUUGGAAGCAAAGAUUUUUUUUAGGGAUGUUAUCUAAAUUAGCUGUCAUCAUAGACAAUAAUGCCGACCAUUUUUGGCAAGCUUCUAAUACAUUUAUUGGUGAACCUACUUCAUUAAAACCGCUUUUGUUUGAUUGGUUGUCAAAAAGCAUUCAAUUAGUAAUUGUAGUCUCAAACCAUUUUCCUCACCGUUGACGCAACGUACUGCAGAAAAAAUGAGCCACCUUUUUAUAUUGAGAGGACAAAAAAGGUCACUUCAAAUGCACUGUAACUAUUUAAAAUUGAAUUGUGUAGGAGAUGCGCAAUGCGUGCUCUUUACAUUUUUCACUAUAUUCAGUUGUUUAACACAUUGGUGCAACGCAUGAUAGAUUUAACACAUUGGUGCAACGCAUGAUGCACAAGUCUGCAUUUGUAUAUAGACAGUCUCAUCGGAUGCACAUGGCUGGCCUGAAGUUAACUUUCGGUCUGUGUUUGGUUAUAAUGUAACAAUUUAUUUCAUAUUCAGUUUAUAUUA